UUGGGGAAACCUUUAAAGCUCCUCCAGUUACUUUGUAUCGCCAUUCGCCCGCCCCGCCUGCAACAAAAAGCGUCUCGAUUCAUCGGCCGCCAGCAGCUCCAUUACUAUCGUCCACGGUAGUGAUUUACACGCAUGUAGUAGGCGACUGAGUGAAAGUACUUAGUUUGGCCGUAGUAAAAUUCGAGCCGUUUCCAGCGUGCGCGCCGCCGCGGUGCCAUGAUGAAGAUCGAGUUCGCUCCGCUGAACGUACCUCUGCGGAGGCGCCUUCAGACGGCGGCCGUGGUGCAGUGGGUCUUCUCCUUCCUCGUGCUCGCUCAGUGCUGCCUGGCCAUGUUCAUUCUGCUCAGUUUGAGCCGCUGGUGGAUUCUGGCUGCACUCUACGCUGGAUGGCUCUACCUGGACCGGGACACACCCAGCUGCGGGGGGCGCCGGUCACACUGGGUGCGCAGCUGGACCGUGUGGAAGUACUUCAGUGAUUACUUCCCCAUCACGCUGAUCAAGACAGUGGAUCUUGACCCAAAACACAACUACCUGUUUGGGUUCCACCCUCAUGGUGUCCUGGUGGCUGGAGGCUUUGGAAACUUCUGCACAGAGGCAUCUGGGUUUUCAGCGCUCUUCCCCGGCCUGAUGCCGUACCUGCUCAUGCUGCCCUUCUGGUUCAGAGUUCCUUUCUUCAGGGAUUACAUCAUGUGUGGAGAUACCCGAGUGUGUCGACUGGAGCUCAAAGGAGUGGCCGGUGCAGGACUACACCCAACGCCUCCCCUCCAACUCAUGUGCUACCACCCUUUUCCAGGCCUGGUAUCUAGUGAGAAGGCCAGUGCCAGUUACAUCCUGAGCCGCCCUGGUGGGGGGCACGUGGCGGUGGUGGCAGUAGGAGGCGCUCCUGAGUCGCUGGAUGCACGACCAGGUGCUCUGACUCUCCAGGUGCUCAACAGGAAGGGCUUCAUUAAAAUGGCACUCAAGCACGGAGCUCACCUGGUGCCUGUGUUCUCAUUUGGGGAGAAUGAGCUCUUUGACCAGAUGGAGAACCCAGUGGGCUCCCUGCUGCGGCGGCUCCAGGAGAGGCUCCAGAAGGUGAUGGGUGUGGCCCUGCCCCUGUUCCACGCACGCGGCGUCUUCCAGUACAGCUUUGGCCUGCUGCCCUACAGGAAGCCCAUCCACACAGUGGUGGGUCGUCCCAUCGCUGUGACACAGACGCCCUCCCCCAGCGCAGAGGACAUCGAGACUUUGCACAAGCUCUACCUUGAGGGUCUCACGCAGCUCUUUGAGGAGAACAAGGCCAUCUAUGGCAUCCCACAGAACAAACACCUCCAGUUCAUAUAGGAUUCAUCCCCAUCGCACUUUCGUUAACUCCCUCAAUCCCCCCCCCCCCCCCC